GUUGACAAAUGUCAAAAUUUGUCAAUGUCUAAAUAAACACGUCAUCGAAACGAAUGUUUCAGUGUUAACUUUAGUGAAAGACUCGCUCAACUCAAGUCACUUCAAGUACCUUCCAGCAAAUUCUUUUUUAAAACAUGGAUACACCUCCAGUUGUCUCACUAGCAAGUUUGGAAGGUCUUCUGAAAGAAAAAAUCAACCUGCUCAGCAAUGACUUUGAAAAGAAGCAUGGAUCACUGCCCCAGUUCAUUGCUAGAGUACCAGGAAGAGUUAACCUGAUUGGAGAACAUAUAGAUUACUGUGGGUAUGCUGUUUUUCCUAUGGCAAUUGAACAAGACAUUUUGAUUGCAGUUAAAACAAGGGAAGAUCAACACUUGGAACUGUCAAAUCUCAUCCCCAACAUUUACGAAGACUACAGCUGUGAACUAGACAAAUUUGAGAUUGAUAAAGGUGUACCACAGUGGUUCAAAUACUGUCUAUGUGGAGUCAAGGGAAUUUUGGAGAAUUCUUCCAAGGUGAAAUCUGAAUUAAAGGGUAUGAAUGCCAGAAUAUAUGGAUUGAUACCGCCAAGUGCAGGGCUUUCAAGUUCCAGUGCCUUAGUCUGUGCAACUGCAUUAGCAUUUGCUCAUGUAAAUAAGUUGCAGUUCACAAAACAACAAUUAGCUGAUUAUUGCGCACGAAGUGAGAGAUACAUUGGAACAGAAGGCGGAGGCAUGGAUCAAGCCAUCGCCAUGUUGGCCACCCAAGGUACUGCCAAAUUGAUUGAAUUCAAUCCGCUAAGAGCUCAUGAUACAAAACUACCACCGGGAGCAGUUUUUGUCAUUGCCCACAGUUUGGCCGAAAUAAACAAAGCAGCCUCCUCACAUUUCAACUGCCGGGUGAUGGAGUGUCGUUUGGCAGCCAAGGUGCUGGCCAAGUUGCAUGGAAUAAAUCCGGAUUCGGUGACGCGUUUGGCCGACGUCCAGUUCUCACUCAACAAGACACUACCAGAAAUGGCUUCCAUCGCAGGGCUAUAUCUCCACGAUGAUCCCUACAGCAAAGAGGAGGUUUCCAAGUUGUUAGACAUGACGGAACCGCAACUGGAAAACAAAAUCCUGUCCGAAAAUACACGAGACGUCGGAUUUUUCAAACUGCGUCAGAGAGCACUUCACGUGUUUCAAGAAGCGAAUCGGGUGUGGCAGUUCCGCGACAUUUGCAACAGCGGUUCAACGACAGCCCUGCAAGACUUGGGACAACUUAUGUCUGAUUCGCAUCACAGCUGUCGCGACCUGUACGAAUGCAGUCACCAGCAGCUGGAUCACCUUGUCGAAAUAUCCCGGAACCAUUGUUUGGGGGCAAGGCUGACAGGAGCGGGAUGGGGCGGAUGUAUGGUGGCACUGGUAGCUGAAAAUGGAGUCGAGACUUUUAUCAAUUACCUGAAAGAAAAUUACUACAAGAACUUGCCGGCAGCUGUUGAUCGCAAUUUGGAGCAAGUCGUUUUCGCAACCCAGCCUGGCUCCGGAGCAGCUAUUUAUAAUCUCUAAUCCUACAUCACACACA